AUGAUAUGUUUAAGUUUCACUAAAUCUCAACAUACAAAUAUCCGUACAAAAGAGGAACGUGAAAAAUUUAUUAAAGAAUAUCAUAGAUAUCAAAAAUGUUUAAAAGAGUAUAUGUACUUAAAUUUCAAAUAUGGUUCAAGAUUAUUUAAAUCUGUUAUUGGUUUACGUGGAGGUGGAAUAGAAUUAAAAUGUUUUGAAUGUUUAAAUUCAAGAGAUGCAGAAAGAUUAGAAGAAGCAUGGAAACCAAAUGGAAAUUUUUUUUAUAGAAAAUUUAGUAAAUUUAAAUAUGGAAUAAAGAGAAUGCUUCAAAAUGAUGAAGAAUUAAAAAGUGAAGAGAUUCAUGAUGAUCGUUGGAGAUAUGAUUGGCAAUUGAUGAAACCAGGAAAAAAACAAAAAAGGUGGGUUGUUGUACAAAAAGCUUUUUCAACUUCAAAUGUUAUUAAAAAAAUAUAUUCAACAGUGAAAGAAUUUUUUUCUGAAAAUAAAAAGUUUCGUUAUGGUGAUCAUUUUGAACUUGAAAUUAAUGAUUUAAAUUGGCAUAGUGUUGGUUUUUAUCGUUGUAUUAAUCCAAUUCUUCCUAAUGUUACUUCAGGUGAAUUUUAUUUUGUUGAUGUAGUAAAUGUUCAACCGGUAAAAUUUGUUAAUGCAAAUGAAACAUACUCAAUUUUAGAAUCAAUGAGAAAAGUUUAUAAAGAACAAAAAGUUGAGAGUUAUGGUCGUGUUUCUCCCUGGAGCCAAUGCGAUAUUUGUGAUAGUGAGAAUUCUGUACAAAGACAAACUAUUGAGUGUUAUUUUAGACCUACAAAAGAUGUUGGAUUAAUAGAUUUACAUGAUUCUGAAUUUUCCAUACUUCAAUUUUUUGGAGAAAUUCCCUGCUCAAGCACAUUAGUACCUGUUAAAUAUAGACCAGAUGUUACAUAUUUUAAAAAAUAUUUACGUGUAAAAAAAUGUAAAUUAAAAUGUCAAGAGUAUAAUAAAAAUAUUCAAGUUAAAAAUGUUUUUGGUUUUGAUGAAUCUGGAAAUAGAAUUAUUCUAGAUAAAUUACCUCCUGGUGAAUAUAGUUUACAGGACAGGUUACCAUCAUUACCUCCAGAAGUAAGAAGAGAAUCAUUUAUGAAAACAGAAGGUGAAUAUAUGGUUCUUGAUUGUGGACAUGGUGAUUAUGGUAUGUAUUGGAAAAAAGAAAAUAUUCUCCUUACAGAUAACAUUCUUUUUGAUAAUUAUAAAGGCCGUGUGUAUAUAAACGAAAACUUUCAAUUAGUUUUUGAGUAUACAAUAAUGAAUGAUGGUGGUUUUUAUAGUUGUUAUUCUUCAAAUAGUUUCUUGUUAUCAACAUAUUCUCUUACAAUGUUAGAAAAUUCAAGGUCAGAUGAAAUUAUAAGAGUGAUAAGGAUUAUUGUUAAGCUUGGAAUUGUUCUUUUGAUGAUAGUAUUAAUCCUGUCAGCGGUUCUAAAAACAAAAAAUCGUGGUGAUAAAGUAAAAAAUAAGAAGAAGAAAAAUCAUAAUAUUAAAAAUAAAAAUGAAGAGGAAAAAGAUAACUUAGAUAAUGACAAGGAUAAAUUAAAUAAUUAA